GCGCGUCCCUUGGCGAUGCAUCCUGACCAGCACGCCGGUCCACUUGGUCUGCCUGGCCGUGGCGACGGGCAUGUACGAGCAGCGUCUGGGGAAGUACAACUACCUCAUGUACCUCGGAGACUUUCAUAGAUUUCCGUCCCUGCCGUCUGUGCUGGCGCUGGCGGCUGUGAUUGUAACGUGCGGGGUGGCCAGCGAUUUUCUGCGGGACAAAGUCCUUCUGUCCACCUCUGUGGCAAGGAAGAUGUCUGCUUCUGGAGGUCUGAUGAUUCAUGCCUGUGCUGCGAUGCUACUGGGGUUAAAAGAGAGCCACUGGAUAGAACACAUUGCCGUGACAGCCCUAGGAGUGUUCAUUCUUGGCAUUGACAGCAACCAUCUGGACCUGGCGCCACAGCACGCCGCUGUACUGAAAGGAGUGUCAUCCACUACGCUCUGGGUUGUGGUGGGUGCCCUGAACGUGUUCAUCAUCACCGAGACAUCUUCUGUCAUGAGUCACAGGAUUGCCCACGUAGUGCUGCCCGUGUGCCAGAUGGUGGCUGCCAUGCUGUUUCUCCUGUACGGACACGGACGUCGGCAGGAGUGGGACCUGCCGGAUUUGUCCCACGCUGACACCGAGGUCUCCGUGUCGGAAGACGUGGAAGCUUCCGAACCCGCUCUGGACCCUCGCUCGGAACCCGGCACCAGCGACUCCACAGAACGAGACUGGCCGCAGAAUCGCACUCUGCAGCACGAUGCGUAAACUUCGUGCACGAAAUUAAUUAAAGUCCGCAAGUCGAAUGUA